AUGAGGAGAUGGAGUCGGUGCUCCGCUAUUGCCAUGAUCGAGAAGCGGGAGGCCACUUCGGAGCCAACUGCACUGCAGCCAAGGUAUUGCAAUCAGGUUUCUAUUGGCCAACCUUGUUCAAKGAUGCUCACAGACUUCAUGGGACCAUUCCCAAAUUCUUUUGGGAACAAAUACAUCCUAUUUGUUGUUGACUAUGUGUCCAAAUGGGUGGCAGCCAUGGAUUUACCCACAAAUGACUCUAGGAGAGUAGUUCACUUCCUCAAAAAGCUAUUCACUCGAUUCGGCACACCUCACGCCAUAAUUAGUGAUAGGGGAACUCAUUUCUGCAACACCCAAUUUGAGCGGUUGAUGCGAAAAUAUGGUGUUAUGCAUAAAUUAGCAACCCCAUAUCACCCUCAAACCAGUGGCCAAGUCGAUUUAGCUAAUAGGGAACUCAAAAGAAUUUUGGAGAAGACAGUAGACUCCUCUAGGAAGGACUGGUGA